AUGGGAAAGUUCCCGGGGGCCGGCGCAGUCUGCAGCUGCGAGCGAGAAACCGAAACUCAGCUGUUGCAGCCGCUGCCCCUGCCCCUUGGGAUCGCGUCUCGAGACUCGCUCGCGUCCCUCCCGCAGCGGCGGCGGUCCGGACCGCGGGCUCUGACCAUGUACACCCGCAGCGAGCUGGUGGGCUCCCGGCUCGGCGCCCGGGACCCCCAGAGGCAGCCCCGGGAGCUGCCAGGCCAGAGCCAGGAUCUGGAGGAGGCCCCCCAAAGCCCUUCGCGGGACAGCCCCGAGCAGGCGGGCCAGAGGCACACAGGAGCAUAUACCUUGAUAGUACCAAAUGAAAACCGGAGAAAUCAGAUACGGAGGAUUGCUGAGCAAGAGCUGGUGAACUUGGAGAAGUGGAAGGAGCAGCAAAGAGCUAAACCAGUUCACCUGGUACCAAGGCAGCUAGGUGGAAACCAGUCAGAGACUGAAGUCAGGCAGAAACAACAGCUCCAACUGAUGCAGUCUAAAUACCAGCAAAAGCUAAAAAGAGAAGAAUCUGUAAGAAUCAAGAAGGAAGCUGAAGAAGCUGAACUUCAAAAAAUGAAAGCCAUUCAGAGAGAGAAGAGCAAUAAACUGAAGGAGAAAAAGAGACUUCAAGAAAACCUCAGAAGAGAAGCAUUUAGAGAGCAUCAGCAAUACAAAACUUCUGAGUUCUUGAGCCGACUGGACACAGAGUUACCAAACAUAUCUGCCUGUCACAUUGCUCUUCGCAACCCACAGUCCUCAACAUGGAAACUUCCUCUCCUGCCUAGGGAUCACAGCAGGGCCAGAAGCCAGGCUUAUAAGGAUUCUCUAAGAGAAGAAGAAAAUGAAAAAUUGCAGAAGAUGAAGAAUGAACAACAUCGGAAGAGUGAAUUACUGGAACUUAAGCGACAGCAGCAAGAGGAAGAAAGAGCCCAAAUCCACCAAACUGAACACAGGAGGGUAAAUAAUGCUUUUCUGGACCGACUCCAAGGCAGAAGUCAACCAGGUGGCCUCGAGCAGUCUGGAGGCUAUUGGAAUAUGAAUAGCGGUAACAGCUGGCAACUGCUACUAUUUUGAUUGGGAGACCAUCACACCUUGAAUGAGUACAAG